UGCGAGGCUGUCGUCGCUCUAUCUGGGAAUUCUUCACAUGCCGAAUGCCUUUCUACCUAAUACCUACCUCUAUCCUGUCCCACACCAGUUCUAAAGUACUUAAAAUAAAAGAACGUACUGGUGUAUUUCUCGUCAACCAGCGUGGAUCAUGGCGAGAAUGCGGGACCUUGCUCGCCGUGGAGCGCCGCCUAGAGGGAGGGCAGCCAAGAUGCACGGAAAGAGACCUCACCGGGUCGCUCCCAAGUUCGAGAGUGCGAGGCUCACAGAUGUCCGGCAUGUCGAAAACGGGGUGUCGGAUGAGCGAGAGGAGCCCCGGGCCGAGAGCGUGUCAGAAGGCGAGGUGUCGGGGUCAGGAGAUGAGGAAGAGCUCCAACCCACGAAUCGGCCUUACUUUGCUUUGAUGCAGAGCUUGGAAAAGGAGGUGGCACCACGCGCCAAGAGGAGGAAACUCAAUCACCAACCUGAAGAAGACAUGUCGAGUACCAAGCCCGAGAAGGAGACCGCUGCGGCAGGAGAGGAUGAUGGCGACGGAGAAGAACGAGAUAUCGACCAUGUAUGGGAGGCCGAGCAGCACUCGGAUAAUGAGGCCAUGACUGAUGACGACGAUGACAACGAUGAUGACAACGACGCUCCGGAUUCGUCGGACCCCUUUGAGGCCCACUUUGUCAAUCCUGAUCAGGACGAGCUACAGAGACGGCUGGGGAGGAUCGAAGUAGGCGAAUACUCUCAGUCGAAUUCCCUGCAGGCCGGCUGGAGGGCCAUAACGAGUCUCCCCGGCAGCGAUCCCGCCCUCUUCGCGCAACUUGCUCCUUCUAUACCCGGGCCGCCAGGUUUGAAGCUGAAGCAUAGACUCGCCGCAGCGGCCAAUCGGAAAUGUCCGACGUUCGACGAGUUGGAAAAAGUGCUCUAUCCACCAACCUUUGCCUACCGCGAUGUUCUGUUCUGCGGCAGGACUACCCAGAAUGCAGAAAGUUUACGGCGCAUGGCGUGUCUUCACAUCGUCAAUCACGUCUUUAAGACCCGGAGCAAGGUGAUCAAGAAUAGCGCUAAGCUGGCAAAGGAAGGCGAAAACGGCGACUUCGAGCCGAGGGACCAGGGUUUCACGCGCCCCAAGGUUCUGAUGGUCCUACCGACGCGCAACUCGGCCGCCAAGAUGAUCGAGAUGAUCUGUGACCUAUGUGAGCCGGAGCAGCAGGAGAACCGCAAGCGUUUCGACGACUCGUACCUCGACAGUGAGGCUAAAUUUUCAGCGGACCGGCCCGAGGACUUCCGCGAGCUCUUCGCGGGGAAUGACGACGACAUGUUCCGUAUUGGCAUCAAGUUCACCCGCAAAACCAUCAAAUACUUCGCCCAGUUCUACAAUUCGGAUAUCCUCGUGGCUAGCCCGCUAGGCCUGCGCAUGGCCAUCGGGUCCGAGGAGGGGGGUAGGGAGGAACAGAGGCGAAGGCGCAAAGGCAGCGCCGCCGUCGACUUCGAUUUCCUCAGCUCUAUCGAGGUCGUCGUCUUCGACCAGGCCGACGCCCUGCUCAUGCAAAACUGGGAGCACGUCGAAUUCGUGCUCGACCAUCUGAACCGCCAGCCGCGUGAGGCCCACAACUGCGACUUCAGCCGCGUUCGCGAGUGGUACCUCGACGGCCGCGCCGCCCACUUCCGCCAGACGCUCGUCUUCUCGGCCUUCCACACCCCCGAGCUUGCCGAACUACACCGUCGCCACGCGCAAAACUGGGAGGGCCGCGUGCGCGUCCAACCCGGGUCUUACGCUGGCGUCAUCGACGAUCUCGGUAGUGUCAAGGUGCGGCAGACCUUCUCGCGGUUCGCGGCCUCGUCAGCGGCGGCUGAGCCCGACGCCCGGUUCCAGUACUUCACAAGCGCGGCGCUACCGUCGCUACUUAAGAAGUACCACCAUCGUGACGGCCACGACGGCGGUGGUGCGGGCACGCUCAUCUUCGUGCCGUCGUACCUUGACUUCGUGCGGGUGCGCAACUACCUGGCGACGUCGGCGGCGACGGCGCACGUCGCGUUCGGCGCGCUAUCGGAGUAUGUCGGGGUCGGGGCGGCGUCGCGUGCACGGUCGCACUUUGCGAGCGGUAGGCACCAGCUGCUGCUAUACUCGGGGCGGGCACACCACUUUCACCGGUACGCGGUCCUGCGGGGCGUGCGGCGCAUCAUCAUGUAUGGGCUGCCCGAUGACCCGCGCUUCUACCGCGAGAUCGUGGGCAAUUACCUGGCGCGUAGCGAACGCGACCUGUUGCUCGAACCCGGCCGCGGUACCGUCCGCGUCCUAUUCUCACGCUACGACAUUCUCCGGCUUGAGCGAGUCGUCGGCACCGCCCGGGUUGGCAGGAUGGUUCACGAGAAGGGGGAUACGUUUGAUUUCGUAUAGAGUAGAAAGGGAAGGGCUGGUGCCCGGCUUUUAUGGAGGGGAGGGGAUUGUUUCUGAUGCUGGUUUGAUGGUGAAGAGGUGAAGAGAGAGGCGGAGAAGCAGAUGAGCCUGAGACGGGGAUCUCAAACAGGGAUUGAUUCCCCUUUGUAAUUGUGGUAUUGAUACCCCUAGUUCGUACAUGGCUGUAGUACAUGUAUACCCCUCGAGCGGUAGCAUGCUGCAGAUCAGUAGGUUACUUAAUGAAGGAUAGGUUCGAUUCCUACCAGCGCUACUUGGUAGUCUUCGUUAUUUAGCUCAUCUGCUGCCCUGUCUAGACAUAGGUACCGCACGAUAGGAGAGCCUGCAUAGAGA